AUGACUUUCCAGUCCGCAAAGGCUACGGCCAUGGAGAAGAAAAAGAACGCUGUCAAUGCUUUCAAGAGCUGGGACAACUUCAAGCAAUGGGUUCUAGUGCCAGACACCGUACUGGACCGCCAUUCGCAUGAAGAAUCAGGACCGACAUGGUCCAACGAGGAUCUUGAUCCAACACCACCCGAGAGGCGCACGUGGCGCUGGUACAACUACGUCGUCUUCUACUUUGCUCUGUCGUUUGGUAACUGGACUCUCGGUUCGAGUUUGAUUGGUAUCGGCCUCAACUACUGGCAGGCCAUUCUUGCCAUCUUCAUCUCGCAGUUCAUCAGUUCUAUUGCCAUGCUGUUCAACUCGCGCUGUGCCUCGGUCUACCACAUUGGUUAUCCUAUCGUCGCACGCAGCGUCUUCGGCAUGUGGGGAUCUUACUACUUCGUGGGUGCUAGAGCAAUUCUCGCGGUCGUCUGGUUCGGUGUGCAAGCCUUCUCAGGUGCCUCGCUUGUUGCAAAUAUGUUGCGAGCCGUCUUUGGGCACUACUACACCGAAAUUCCUAACCACAUCCCCAAGUCUCAAGGAAUCACCUCUGCAGGCAUGCUCGCCUUCUUCCUUUUCUGGCUGGCCCACUUCCCUCUGGCUAUAAUGCGUCCUUACCAGCUGCGCACUUUCUUCAAUGUCAAGACCUGCCUCAUGAUUCCCGCUGUGUGGGGCCUCUUCAUCUUCUGUAUGGCAAAUACGCACGGUGAACUUGGAGCCGACAAGCUCUCUGCAGCCGCUGGAGUAAGCGCAUCUGGAAAGUGGGGAUGGUUCUUCAUGAACGCUGUCAAUGCUGGUCUCGGAAACACCGCCACUUUGAUCACCAACCAGCCUGAUAUUGCAAGAUGGUCCAAGACAAGAUCUGGCGCCAUGUGGUCGCAGAUGAUCACCAACCCUAUUGCUGUCACUCUGUCUGCCAGUUUGGGUAUCUUGUCUACCGCUGCCAUUAACAAUGCAUGGGGUCUUUCGCUCUGGAACCAGUGGGAUCUUCUCGACGCCAUCAUGAACAGAUACUGGAGAAGUGACGUUCGCUUUGCUGUCUUCCUCACUGCUGGAUGCUGGGCCGUCUCUCUUUUGGGAACCAACGUUGCUGCCAACAUGAUUCCUUUCGGAUCGGACUCUAGCAUGUUGUUCCCUCGCUACAUUACGAUCCCUCGUGGACAGUUCUUGNUCCCAUGGAAAAUCCUCGCCUCCGCCUCCGUCUUCACCCNNACUUUCCUCGCUGGCUACGGUCUCUUCAUGGCCUCUGUCGUCGCAAUCAUGGUCUGCGAAUACUUCUGCCUAACCCGGGGCAACCUCUUCAUCGCCCACUGCUACAACGGCAGCAAACAAAACNCCCACUACUACUAUUUCCACGGCUGGAACCCUCAAGCCGUAAUCGCAUAUCUCUGCGGUAUUGCUUUACCUUUCCCUGGCUUUGUAGGCAGUUUGGGUGCAGAUGUCAGCACUACAGCUCUGAAUAUGGGUCAUAUCGGCUGGUUGUUGAGUUUCACGACUAGUUUUGUGGUUUAUUGGGCUGUUUGCAGUGUUUGGCCUACGAAGAAUCAGAAGAUUAUCAAGGAGAUGGGAUUGAGGUUUGAGGAGAUGGCUGAUAGGGAUAUGAUGGCUCUUGACGGUACUAUCAUUCCUGAAAGUGCUGAGGGCAUGUCUGAAGACCAGGUUGUCUGGGAUGAUGUGGAGAAGAAGGGUGUCGCUUUCGACUCGCGCAGAGUCAGUGACUGA